UUCGAUACCCUUCCCGUAACUUUCACUCUUUAGUCUUACCCUCAAAUAUAUACCCCACCACCGCCACCGCUCUCCGGCCGAUCACCGCCGUGCCCGACGAGUUAUCCGCCCUGAUCUUUGCCACUUCUUGAAAGGAUCGUUGGAUUCUGAUUCAACUGCUCUUGGUGAAAAAUGAAAUCCAAGUCUUUCAGACCGUGUACGAUCAUAGAAUGUUUCUUUAUCUGACUUUAGCUCUAGGUUUGAAAUCUCGGAGACAAUGGAGGAGGGCUUGUAAAUUGUUGUAAUCUAGCAUGGGAUUUUUUCUGUCUCAUAUGCUUUGUUUCUAGGUUUUUCCACCAUCUACCUUGCCAUUCUAUCUCCUGAUGGCAUCCCCCAACAAGGGUAAUAUGUCCGGUCUUAAGCGCAAGCUUGUGGAAUGCAGCUCUGAGAGAGCUAGUAAGGCUGCCUGUGUAAGUAGGGAACGUGAACCUUCUGCACAUGGCUGCUAUUGCCGCCCCAUGCAACAGCGUGGCCUGGCUGACCAUUGUUUCAAUUAUCUCAAGAGUGGGCUCCCCCGUCGUAUCAUGUUCUAUAAGGGUGGUGACUGGUUUAAUUUCCCUGAGUCAAUUACGCAGAUUCUUAUAGAAGGGUUUCGGGAUAGGAGGUCGUCAAAUGAGGUAUUGAUGGCUGGUCAGUCUCAUCUUGUUGAUUUCCUCUCCAUGGUCAUGAUCAAUCUGAGUACCAGGAAGCAGUGCUCCAUUGCAUGGAUUGACGAAGCCGAGAAGUGUUUCUUUCCCACCGUUUUUAUUGAUGAGGUCGGUGAUGAUUCUGCUUCCUCAGAAUCUGGGAUUAUGGGCAGCAACUUGCAGAGACUGGAGGUGGAGAGAGCAUCUCGAUCACAGCCUGAAAUUGUGAAGCAUGUUCUGGAGGAAAGUACUGCCCUAGCUUCACGCCAACAAUCUGCAGCUGAUGUCUUGCGCACGAAAAUUGAGGACCUUGAAAGAGAAAGUGAAGAAUUUCUGUUUGCAGAGAAUCUUUUUCUCUCAGGGAUGGGACCCUUUGCAACAGCCAAUAACAUACUGCAUAUUUAUCGCUAUGCCCCUAGUGAUAUGGCUGCACAGGCGAGGCUUCAGUCUUUUGAGAGGCAAAUAAAAACAACUGAAUCAAUCCAUGGGGUAGCUAAUGUGAAAUAUGGGUGGUUUGGUUCUAAUAAGCUAGACAUUGUUGGAAUUUUGAUUCAUGGUUUUGGCAAGGUUGGUAAGACUACUGAAGGGGUUUUGGGCUCUGGGGUUUGCAUGUCCUCAGAAAAUCGCUCCUUUGCCAGCGUGAAUCUUUGUGAUGUUGACGAAAAAGGAAUCCAGUAUAUGCUCUUGUGCAGAGUAAUUCUCGGAAAUGUUGAACAAGUCCGCCCGGGAUCAAAGCUGUAUUGCCCCAGCAGUACAUCCUACGACUCUGGUGUGGAUAAUUUUGUAAGACCGAACCAUUACCUGAUUUGUUCUACACAGUUGAACACACGUAUUCAUCCAGAGUAUGUUGUGAGUUUUAAGCUGGCCCCACGUAUUCACGAUUAUUUGUCUGAGCUGAAGGAUUUACGUUUCCAUCUGCUACAGCCUGGAAUUGUGCCAGACUUUUCUACUCUUUGCCCUUUAAAAGCUAAUCCAAUGAAGGGCCCUUCUUCACCAUGGAUGCCAUUUACAUCUCUGUUUGUAGAAAUUCAGGACAAGAUAUGUCCUCUGGCUAAAGAAUUAUUGUUUCUCCAUUAUCAGGAGUUGAAGGCAAAUUUAAUAACUCGAGAAAAUAUGGUGAAGAAAAUGACUGUAAUCGUUGGUCAUUCUCUGCUGGUAGCUGCACUGCAAAAACUAAAGCGUAGUCAGCCAUCUUCAUGGUUUGAUUCUUCUCCAGCCGAAGUGAAAGCAGAUAUCCUCCCGGUGACAAAUUCUAAGAAUGAUUCUGGCCGGCUUAUUAUUGAAAAGAAUGAAUGUACAUCAACAAAUGUGCCCAAUACCUCUUUGGUCAAGGAGUUGGGAGAUUCACCUGCAACAAAAUUGGAUGCCAAUGAUUCGGUUGCAUCAACAAAGAAAACUAAUGGUAUUGCAGUUUGAGCUCAUGUGUAGAUAUCAGUAAAUGCUAGCAAACUUUUUUUCUUCUACCAGGUGGCAUUCCUCAGCAGCUUCUUGUGAGCUUGAUGGGCUACAAAUCUUACGAUGGUGAGUCACUUUCAGUCAUGCAUAAAGGUAUUAGUUUGAGGUACAUUUGCGCACUGUUAUCCAUUCAACUAGUUAAAUCUGCCGACUUUGAACUCAUCAGACAAGUUAUAUCUUCUGAACUAUAAGGAAUAUGUAUGUAUUAAACCUCCCUUUUCUUCAAGUAAAAGGUAUGCUUCCUGACCGAUGCGGUUGGGAUAGAGCAUUUCAUACA